AACCGAGGUCACUGUAAUUAGACUAAAGCUGUGGAGGAUGAAACCCUAAUUGGUCUCUUCUGCCUCCAUAAUCGGCGAUCUGCUUGAACGUCGUGUAUCAGACACGUUCGGUUUGGGUUUCACAUUUGAGGAACAAUGGGGAGAAAAGGUGGUAAUAUGUACAUAAACCCGAAGAAGUUUGGGUCCAUAUCGAAACCGUGCAUGAAGGAAAUGGUGUCAUUUCUCAACUGUUUGGCCCUUAACAACAUCAAGGACGAUAAAUGCGAGAGGUCGAAGGAACUGCUUAACGCUUGUAUGAAUGCCCAGACAAACCAGAAAUCGAACUCCUGGGGAAAUAUCAAUUACCACUUGCAGAGGCUCACCCGUGGAAGAAAGUAGAUUUGUGGAUCUCGUCCCCAUCUCUACAGUCACCCGAGUUUACAUUUAGUCUACAGAUUAUAUUGUUCGGGCAAAUCCUUUCGAUGUUCUUAAACCCUGUGUUUGCAUACUUGCUGGUUCGGUCAUGUAUGGUCUGGUGACAGAAAGUUUAAGGCAUACCAUUUACUGAACAGAAAGAUCAUUUCUUGUCCUGAAAUAAACAAGUUUUAUGUGAAAUACCAGUACAAUGUAAUAUCA